CUGAACGGCAACCCCGAGGUCGGAAUCCAUGAAUCAAUAAAUCAUCACCUACGUCGCCUCUCUACACAUUACCCCUGUACAAUUCCAUUCUUUACAUCCCUUAUACAUACUUUAUAUACAUACUAUAUAUACAUAUAUAUACCCACCGCAAUCACAACCCUCCCGAUUCAAUUCCCUAAAAAAAUUCAUGAUGGACCCCCUAACAACCGCCCUCACCAAAAUCGACGCCCUUCACUCCGAAGACCCCAAUAAACUCACCAACACCAACAUCCCCUAUGAACUACACUACGCCGAGAAAAUGACCAGCUAUCUGUACAAACACACCCCGAACCCCUCCCCGGUCCUCCAACUCGCCAUCCGCGCUCAGCAUCUCAAGCGCUGGGAAGUACCGCGGGGGACUUACCCCGACGGUAAAUACUAUUCCUGGCGGACGGCGGUGGCGCGCCGCCAGGCUGAGAUAGCGAUGAAGGUGUGUCUGGAGAGUGGCAUUGGGGAGGCAGAGGCGGAGCGCGUGGGCCGGUUGAUUCGGAAGGAAGGGUUGAAGGGCGGGGAGGAUGCGGAGGCGCAGAUUUUGGAGGAUGUGGCGUGUUUGGUAUUUUUGGAUGAUCAGUUCGAGAAGUUUCAAGAGAAUUAUGAUGAUAACAAGGUGGUGGAUAUUUUGACGAAGACGUUGAAGAAGAUGUCGGAUCGGGGGAAGGAGUUGGCGAGCGGGUUGAAGAUGGAGGGGAGGCCACAUGAGUUGGUUACUAGAGCUGUGAAUGGGGCUUAGGUCCUGUUUCUUUUCUUUUCUACUAUAUAUAAUUGUUGGUUUGUGGAUUGGUUUAUAUAUGAAUUAGAGUAUAGAAUUUUGGGGGUUUCAAA